GCCCGUGUUUGUAGGAGGGCUUGCAGACAGGAAUACUGGGAGACAGAGCAGAGGUUGCCCAGCACUGGGAACCAGCAGCUAAGUCCAAAGCAAGCUGCGGCAGAUACUGCUGGGCCCCAUGGCUGAGGAGGCCCUGAAGGAGACGGGGCUGGGCAAAAGGGCUGCUCCCCAGGAUGACUCGCAGGGCCUCCAGGACAGUGUGUUCUCCUCUGAAAGUGACAACAGCCUGUACUUCACCUACAGCGGCCAGUCCAACACCUUGGAGGUCCGAGGUCUCACCUACCAGGUGGACAUGGCCUCCCAGGUGCCUUGGUUUGAGCAGCUGGCUCACUUUAAGAUGCCCUGGACAUCUCACAAGGACUCUUGUGAGCUGGGCCUUCAGAACCUGAGCUUCAAAGUGAGGAGCGGACAAAUGCUGGCCAUCAUAGGGAGCUCAGGCUGCGGGAGAGCCUCUUUGCUAGACGUGAUCACCGGUCGAGGCCCUGGCGGCAAGAUUAAGUCCGGCCAAAUCUGGAUCAACGGGCAGCCCAGCACGCCGCAGCUGGUGAGGAAGUAUGUGGCUCACGUGCGCCAGCACGACCAGCUGCUCCCCAACCUGACCGUCCGCGAGACCUUGGCAUUUGUUGCCCAGUUGCGCCUGCCCAGAACCUUCUCCCAGGCCCAGCGUGACAAAAGGGUGGACGACGUGAUCGCGGAGCUGCGGCUGCGGCAAUGCGCCAAUACGCGCGUGGGCAACACCUACAUACGGGGCGUGUCGGGGGGCGAGCGGCGCAGGGUCAGCAUCGCGGUGCAGCUGCUGUGGAACCCAGGAAUCCUCAUUCUGGAUGAACCCACGUCUGGGCUGGACAGCUUCACUGCCCACAACCUGGUGAAAACCCUAUCCAGGCUGGCCAAAGGCAACAGGCUGGUGCUCAUCUCCAUCCACCAGCCCCGCUCCGACAUCUUCAGGCUCUUUGACUUGGUCCUCCUGAUGACGUCUGGCACCACCAUCUACUUGGGGGCAGCCCAGCACAUGGUCCAGUAUUUCACCUCUGCCGGCCACCCCUGUCCUCGCUACAGCAACCCUGCUGACUUCUAUGUGGACUUGACCAGCAUCGACAGGCGAAGCCGAGAGCAGGAAGUGGCCACCAGGGAGAAGGCUCAGUCACUUGCGGCCUUGUUUCAAGAAAAAGUGCGUGGCUUCGAUGACUUUCUGUGGACGGCGGAGCCAAGGGCACAGGGUGUGAGCCCUUGCGUGCAGAGCCCGGCUUCCCGGAGUGACACCAACGCCUUCCAGACCCCCACCAAGCUCCCACCCAUACUGCAGUUUGCCACACUGAUCCGUCGUCAGAUUUCCAAUGACUUCCGAGACCUGCCGACCCUCCUCAUCCACGGGGUGGAGGCCUGCCUGAUGUCUCUGAUCAUCGGCUUCCUCUACUACGGCUACGGGGCCAUCAAGGUGUCCUUCAUGGACAUGUCCGCCCUCUUGUUCAUGAUCGGAGCGCUCGUCCCUUUCAAUGUGAUCCUGGAUGUCAUCUCCAAAUGCCACUCGGAGAGGGCGUUGCUUUACCAUGAACUAGAAGAUGGGCUGUACACUGCUGGGCCAUAUUUCUUUGCCAAGAUCCUGGGGGGGCUUCCUGAGCACUGUGUCUACAUCAUCAUCUACGGGAUGCCCACCUACUUGCUGACGGACCUGCGCCCAGGCCUCGAGCCCUUCCUGCUGCACUUCAUGCUGGUGUGGCUGGUGGUCUUCUGCUGCAGGAUGAUGGCCCUGGCCACCGCCGCCCUGCUCCCCACCUUCCACAUGUCCUCCUUCUUCGGCAAUGCCCUCUACAACUCCUUCUACCUCACCGGGGGCUUCAUGAUAAGCUUGGACAACCUGUGGAUAGUGCCCGCGCUGAUUUCCAAGGUGUCCUUCCUCCGAUGGUGCUUUGAAGGGUUGAUGAAGAUCCAGUUGGGUGGGCUCACUUACCACAUGGCAGCUGGCAACCUCACCAUCCCUAUCCCAGGAGACGCAAUCCUCAAUGCCAUGGGCCUGAACUCCUACCCGCUCUACGCCAUCUACUUGAUUGUCAUCGGCAUCAGUGGUGGCUUCAUGGUCCUGUACUAUAUAUCCUUAAGAUUCAUCAAACAAAAUCUACUCAAGACUGGUGAUUCAAGCCCAGACUCCUGCCGACCCGGUGGCGGACCCAAGCAGGGCCUUCAAACUGCAUGUUCUUCCUCCCAAGGAGUCCCUUCCCAGGGAACCAGGAUGACCCGAGAACAGGAAGCUCAGCCACCUCUGGCCCACGGUGCUGCAUUGGCACAGGCUGGCCACAGGAUGGCAGUAGAAUAAAGACAGUCAAAAGGGAUUUCUGAUCACCCACCGGGGCUCGCGAUUACUGGAAACAUGAAAAACACACUUGGGGACGCUUACAACGCCACUAAUUUAUUUCCUUUUGCUAUGUAUUUGUAUAGGCAACUAAUACAAGAUGGGAGCAAAUUAGGUAUGAAUUGAGUAGUUCAGCUAUGCGGAAACAAUGACAUAAUAGCUAGUGGAAUAUUUGGCCUCAUCUUCCAGGGUCCCCAAACUCUGUUGAGCCCCUCUCAAUACAGAAAACGACCUAAAACCUACCAGCGGGAUGCCAUCCCCUCUUUUUGUGUGGGGCCACAGGCGCCAGAAGCCAAAUUGAACAAAAUUAAAAAAGUCUUGAGAAAUUGCACCAGGUCAGCACAAAACUCUUAUUUAAGUGGAUGAUAUUUAAUUCCCUAUUAAAACAAACACCCUUUGUGGUGGGCAGCACCCCAUGUUAUAGAUGAAAAAACUGAGGCACAGAUUGUUUGCUAAGUGAGGUCCCGGGGGCUACCAGGUUGUGGAGUCGGUCACGUGGGUCAGAAACACCUUUGAGACCCUGAGGAGUUAAGAGGGCAGAAGGAGCCACCCUAAGCCUUGGAAGCCUAGUGGGGUUCCCGACGAUGAGGUAUAUAGACACGGUGUCAGCGCAGCCAGGCCUCUUACGGUUGCAACUCACUGGCCCUGCCUGGAUCUAAGGACCAGCCCAGAACCUUUCACAGCGGCCACGUAUGGGACGGAGCAGGCCUAGGUCACACACUGCAUGCUUGAGCCUUGAGGACCAGCUGACCCAAAACGGAUGCACAGAAAGCAGGGAGGGAAUUAUCCCCAAAGGAAAACCUCUGGAACCAAAAGAGGAGGGAAGGUAGAAGUUUAGGCAGCAAACAGUGACCGAUCACCAUGAGUUUCCUAGUCCCCUGCUGCCUUCAGUGUUGUCCCUGAGCUGGCAGCAGGGGCCUCCCCUGGGAGCUGCUUAGACUGGCCGAACUCAAGGCCACAGCCAGACCCACUGAAUCAGAAUCUGUAUUUUAAAAAGACCCUCAGAUGAUGUGUCUGCACAAUCAGGCUCAAGAGCAGUGCUUACUUAGUGCACUGCCUUUGUACAACACAACCAUCAAAACUCGGGAUAUUCUCGUCGUUACAGUGUAACACUGCACAUGCCCCUGUCUCAUCACCACCAUCCAAAGGGCAGACUCCACUCAAGACUCCCUUACUGUUCUGACAAUGUCCUUCCUGGCAAAAUGAUGCAGAUCAGGAUCAGAUGUUGCAUCUAGCGGUCAAUUCUCUUUGGUCACUUCAGUUUAGAACAAUCCUCAGCUUUUCCCUGACUCCCAUGACCCUGACACAGGAAGAUUUUGCAGAAUAUCUCUAGAUUUGGUUUGUCUGAUAGAGUCUCAUGAUUAAAUUCAGGUUGUGAGCCUUUGGCAGGAA